CUCAUUAUUCUGACGUAUCGUAGCAGGAUCACUAGCUUUACACAUUAUAUUAGCCUUAUGAUCCCGUACGUACGCAGCCCAUACAACACUAUGUUUUCCUACUGGCUGUCAUAGUACCUUAAUUCACGUCAUUCAUACUAUUAUAUUUAUGUCGCUUCUUAGUCAUCUUCAGGCUCGUAAACAUUGCUUUCCGAAAGACAAAGUCACGAUCGAUCAACGCAGCUGCCUGAACAUCAAUAGCCAAUACAUUCAUGUUCUUCGGGGCUGAUGGAAGCUUUCAAGAAAGCAGACUUGGCAGUUUCGGAACAUAUCAACCCAAGUGCCUGGCACUCCAGCUCCAGCGCAACCCCGACAUAAGCGGUGAAAACACAAAGCAAGGAACACUGGUGCCUUUGUUCCACACCGGUCACAUUCGUGUGUCUCCAGGUUUCCCAUCGGCUCUGUGGGAGGUCUAUUCCGCUCAGUGGCGACCACUCGCCUAGCUCGGGCCAGGGCGUUGAG